GUUUCCGGUCGGAUGGAUGGAAGUCAGCUGACGAGCCGUGGACCACAGCAUCCAGCAUCCAGUCCGCACCGGCGGAGCCGCUUAGACUUUCUCUAUUUUGGAGCUGAGGAGGACUCCAGUGGCCAUCAUGGGGGAACUGUUCCGAAGCGAGGAGAUGACUUUGGCCCAGCUCUUUCUCCAGUCAGAGGCAGCCUACUGCUGUGUCAGCGAGCUGGGAGAACUGGGCAUGGUCCAGUUUAGAGAUCUGAAUCCUGACGUUAACGUCUUCCAGCGGAAGUUUGUGAAUGAAGUGAGGAGAUGUGAGGAGAUGGACAGGAAACUGAGAUUUGUUGAGAAAGAGAUCAAAAAGGCUAACAUCCCGAUGGUGGACACUGGGGAGAAUCCUGAGGUUCCUUUUCCCAGAGACAUGAUUGAUCUGGAGGCCACUUUUGAGAAGCUGGAGAACGAGCUGAAGGAGAUCAACACCAACCAGGAAGCCCUGAAGAAGAACUUCCUGGAGCUGACUGAGCUGAAACACAUCCUGCAUCGGACCCAGCAGUUCUUUGAUGAGAUGGAGGAUCCCAACCUGCUGGAGGAGUCCUCGGCUCUGAUGGAGGGCAGCGAGGGGGGCCGGGGUGCCCCGCUCAGACUGGGGUUUGUGGCCGGGGUGAUCAGCAGGGAGAGGAUUCCCACCUUCGAGAGGAUGCUGUGGAGGGUCUGUCGUGGCAACGUCUUCUUAAGGAAGGCAGAGAUUGAGGAUCCUCUGGAGGACCCAACCACGGGAGACCAAGUCCACAAAUCAGUCUUCAUCAUCUUCUUCCAGGGUGACCAGCUGAAGAACAGGGUGAAGAAGAUCUGUGAGGGGUUCCGUGCGUCUCUGUAUCCAUGUCCGGAGACUCCUCAGGAGAGGAAGGAGAUGCUGGCAGGAGUCAACAGUCGCAUUGACGACCUUCAGAUGGUGCUGAACCAAACAGAGGACCACCGUCAGCGGGUGCUGCAGGCGGCCUCUAAGAGCAUGAGGGUGUGGUUCAUCAAGGUGAGGAAGAUGAAGGCCAUCUACCACACCCUCAACCUCUGCAACAUCGACGUCACCCAGAAGUGUCUGAUCGCCGAGGUGUGGUGUCCGGUGUCGGACCUGGACUCCAUCCAGUUCGCUCUGCGCAGAGGAACCGAGAGAAGCGGCUCCACGGUGCCGUCCAUCCUGAACAGGAUGCAGACCAAACAGACUCCACCAACGUUCAACAAGACCAACAAGUUCACAGCGGGUUUCCAGAACAUCGUUGAUGCCUACGGCAUCGGGAACUACCGCGAAAUCAAUCCAGCUCCUUACACCAUCAUCACUUUUCCCUUCCUGUUUGCGGUGAUGUUUGGUGACAUGGGUCACGGCCUGCUGAUGACUUGUGCUGCCCUGUACCUGGUCAUCCGAGAGAGUCGCCUCCUCUCUCAGAGGAGUGACAACGAGAUGUUCAACAUGAUUUUUGCUGGUCGCUACAUCAUCCUUCUGAUGGGGAUCUUUUCCGUCUACACUGGCAUCAUUUACAACGACUGCUUCUCCAAGUCCCUGAACAUGUUCGGCUCUGGUUGGAGUGUCCGGCCCAUGUUCAGCUCCAAAGGAGCUAACUGGUCGUUUGAGACACUGGAUGGAAAUGCUGUACUUCAGUUGGAUCCCGCUGUUCCUGGUGUAUUCAAUGGGCCCUAUCCGAUCGGAAUUGACCCGAUCUGGAACGUUGCCACCAACAAGCUCACUUUCCUCAACUCAUUUAAGAUGAAGAUGUCCGUGAUCCUUGGUGUCAUCCACAUGCUGUUUGGAGUGUCUCUCAGUCUCUUCAACCACCUGUACUUCAAGAAGCCUCUGAACAUCUUCCUGGGCUUCAUCCCGGAGAUUGUCUUCAUGUCUACCCUGUUUGGCUACCUCAUCCUACUGAUCUUCUACAAGUGGACAGCCUAUGAUGCUUACACCUCCAAGGAUGCUCCCAGCCUGCUCAUCCACUUCAUCAACAUGUGUCUCUUUAACUACAAUGAUCCAACCAACAAGCCGCUCUACGCGGGACAGAUGGGGAUCCAGGUUUUGUUGGUGCUGAUUGCCCUUGCAUGUGUUCCCUGUAUGCUGAUUGUGAAAACUAUGGUGCUUCGGCGUCAGCACCUGUGGAAAAAGCAUCUGUCACAGAAGAGGGAAGAAACCCCUGCAGAGAAUCUAGAGCAGUCUUUAGAGCAAACAGGUGUGUCCUCAUCAUGCACCGGACUCACCCAACAGGGCACGCAGAAGUUUGGAGGGGUGCGGGUGGGCAAUGGACCCACGGAGGACGAGGCUGGCAUCAUGGACCACGACCAGCUCUCCCAGCACUCAGAGGACGGAGAUGAGCACUCAGAGGAAGAGCCGUUUGAUUUUGGUGACGUAGCUGUCCACCAGGCCAUCCACACCAUUGAGUACUGCCUGGGCUGCAUCUCUAACACGGCAUCUUACCUGCGACUGUGGGCCCUCAGCCUGGCCCACGCACAGCUGUCGGAGGUGCUCUGGUCCAUGGUGAUGCACCUGGGACUGUCCUCCAGGAGCGGGGGCGGCUUCUUUGGCUUGUCAAUCAUCUUUUCUGCCUUUGCCACCCUCACCGUCGCCAUCCUGCUCAUCAUGGAGGGGCUGUCUGCGUUCUUGCAUGCCCUGCGACUGCACUGGGUGGAGUUCCAGAACAAGUUCUACUCAGGCCAGGGCUUCAAGUUUGUCCCCUUCUCGUUCGAGAGCAUCCUGGACGGACGAUUUGACGAGUGAUCACAGCGUCCUCCACCAAUCAGCAACGCCCCCUUCCCUUCUCUCUGUUUGGUGUGCAUGGCCCUAUACAGCUCUCUGUCUUCCCCUAGUGGCAGUUUUAUUGUGCAUGAGCUAUAAUCCAGAUCUUGAGGAGGAUUUUUGCAGAGCACCGAGCUGGCUGUCCUCCAUCUCUCCUUCAUCUUUUAUCAGUUCAGCUUCACACGUUUUAUUUUCUGUGGUCCGACCAGUGGUGACCUCUCUGUUCAGGAUUGAGAAACUAAAGUUUUCUAGGCAUUUCGUUGACGUGUUGGUUGACAUCUUUGUGUAUUCAGAGCUGAAGAUCUGUUGUAACUUCCAGAAAGAUUAGUUAUGUUGAUAAUGUGGGUCUUGAUGACCACCCCGACCCUACAGGAAAACCAGAACCCGGUUUAUCUCCUCAUCAUGGUUACUCUUGUAUAAAGUCUGUGGUAGAUUACUUUCAGUUUGAAGCAGCAUUAACUGGAAAAAUCUUCAUCUCUGAAGAUAAGACCUGUCCACAAAUCCCAGUUUUACUUCCAUCAUUUCUCAUUAAACAAAAGUCAGAAAAAAAAGUCAGAAACAGUAGUUUUAAAGCUGUGGAGGACCAAAGACAAGACCAGGAAGAACGCUGAUAAAAUAAAUCUAUAAGUAAAUAAAUAUAAAGACAUAAAAAGGUAGAAAAUGUUCUUU